AUGGAUAAUGUGGAGGUGGUGACGGUGAAGCCAAUUGAAGCAACUCCGUCAACCUUUCAAGAUUACGGCCAAGUCAUCGAGCCUACACCGGAAAGCCAGAGGUUUGGUCCCCACGAUGCUCAACUUGACCUCACCCAUGGAAUUCCCAGGUUCUACAUUAUGCAUCUUGAGAAUUAUCCGCUUAAGUUUUCUGAUAUCACACACCAUGCAAACGUGACUCAGUGCCUUGGGUCCAUUGGUGGUAAUGUUUGGUAUCUCGGAGUGGCUAAGCCGUCUGUUGUCGAUUCGAAUGAAAUCAAGGAUGACUCAGGCAAGACAGUCGUGAAGUCACGCAGUGGUCAUUUUUAUGUGCCUCCUGCCGCAGAGGAUAUCCAAGUUUUCAAGGUUUCGGGUCCCAAAUUUCUCAAGCUUAACCGUGGGACAUGGCAUGUCGGCCCUCUAUUUACCUCUCCGGCAAUGGACUUUUACAUUCUAGAACUUACCAAUACAAAUGGAGUUGAUAGUACCACACACAACUUUAAGGAGCACAAUGGAAUAGCUUUUUCAAUCGUUGAGUAA